UUCGAAUCCCAACUGUCAUGACUCAAUUGGUGUCUCCUUCCCACUCUGCCAAGAAGAGAGAAAAGGAAUGAGAGAGAGCAUCUCUCUGUCUCCUCUGUUUCUCUGCUCCGAAGAGAAUCUCCACCGACACAAGCUCCUGAAAAAGAGAAAAUCCUGACCCUAACUCUCUCCAAAGAAUCUCCUCCCUAAUAAACCCCGUUUUACAGAUCUCAGCUAUCGCAUGAUUGGUAAAGACCCUCACGCGAAUGCUCUCCCGAUCUUAAGAUCAUCUUCAUUUUCCAUUGAAUUUCUUCCCCUAAGCAUGCUGAGAAUCGAUGUCGAGGAGUUUUCCCCGAGGGUUUCCGUCGACAGGCCACGCAGGUCUUUGGCAUUGCCGUUAUCUCCUCUGAAGAUAAUUGAUGGACUCUCUCGCAAGAGCUUUUCGUAUUGUAAACUGCCUGUGGAGCCUCUCAAGCUCUCUGUUCUAAAGUUGGAUGGCUCUUCUUUUGAUAUUGAAGUUAUGGCAACAGCUACCAUUGGGGAACUCAAGUUGGCAGUAGAAGCUGUGUUUUGUCAGAUGCCGAAGAAGGGACCAGGGAUGAUUUCGUGGCCGCAUGUAUGGGGGCACUUUUGCUUGUGCUAUGAAGGUCAGAAGCUAGUUGCAGAAACUGAUAACAUCAGCAACUAUGGCAUCAAGGAUGGUGAUCAGCUUUAUUUUAUUCGACAUAUAUCAAAUACCUACAUAGUGAUGAAGAGCCGGCGAAAGAAGAAAGAUACUACACCAAAACAGGAGAAAUGGACACUAUCAGAAUCAACAAUCUGUGAAGAGAAUGAAUGGAACAACAAAGAUGAUGAUGAUUUUGGGAAUAUAGAGACUGGGGAUUACGAGUAUUAUGAAGAUAAGAGUAAGGAGAUUAUCAAUAAGGAUAUACAUAAUUGUCCUGGCAUGUUGAGAGGUUGGUUACCAUACACAAGGCUGCCAAUUUCAAGGAAGACAAAGCGGAGAGAUUUAGCUUGUGCCUCAGCCUAUGGCUGCAGUUUUUUUAACAGUUUCAGAGAAAUUAUACGGCUAUGUGGUAGAAGAAACUCUUAUCGAAGGGAUAGGUGGAGAUGGGAAAAAUGUUGAAAAAUUAUUUGUCUGAAAUGCGCCAUGAACACCACCUGCUUUUAUCUGUCAGCAUUGACAGUGCUGGCAUGAAGGAGCUGAUAUAGCUCCAGAUUUCAACAUGCUGACGGAAAAGUGUCUUCAUGUUAAAAUUUUGAUUUUCCUAUUCAGAAUUAGUUCACAGCAACGCUCUCCUAGAUAGACUUGCAGUAGUAUUUGGUAAGUUACUUCUUGUCUUUGUCCUUGGGUCCUAAAUGGCUGAGGAUGGCAAUAAUUUGCAUAGGCAAGGAAGCAGUUGAAAAGAGAAGUACUCAACUUUUGUUUAAGCACAUGAAAAUAAGAAGCAAAGGGAAUUCAAAGAAGAAAAAGGAUAAAUUUGUUCA